CAAUCACUUCCAGCUCAUCACUCAUCAACAAAUUCCACACAGAAUUCUCUGACUCAAUAUCCACAGACAACAGAAGCAUCAACAAAAAUGAUCACCAGCACCCAACUCGACGGCAUCGCCCUCGUUGUCGGCGCCGGCCGCGGCAUUGCCCAACAAGCCGCCUUCUCUAUCGCCUCCGCCGGGGCUCGCGCUAUCAUCUUCGCGGACAUGAAAGAAGACACAGCCAAAGCCUCCGCGGAGGAAAGCAAGCAAUACGCCACGCACAACGAGUACCAGGCUGUACAUUUUACCGUCAACGUCACCGACGAACAAGGCGUACAGGAUAUGGUCGACUUUGUCAUUGAGAGGUUUGGACGGGUGGAUUAUUGCGUUAAUGGUGCGGGGGUCGACAACGGCACACACUAUUCCGUCGCGGAAACCGACAUAUCGAAUUUCGACCGAGUGAUGAAAAUCAACGCCAGGGGGAUGAUGCUCUGCUGUCGAGCUGAAGCAGCAGCUAUGCGGAGACAAUCACCCCGGAUGUUCAAAUCCCAGAAUGGAGGAGCAAGUAGGGAUAUUGGCCGUGGAGCGAUUGUGAAUAUUGCUUCGGCGAAUAGUUUUGCUGGAUUGCCGGGGAAGAUGUGCUAUACGGUUUCGAAACAUGCUUGUAUGGCGGUUACGAAGAUGGUUGGGAUUGAUCACUCCGCCGAAGGUAUUCGGUGCAAUGCGGUGUGUCCGACGUGGGUGCGGACGCCUUUGCUGGAUGUGGAAUUUGCGAGAAAUCCGGAGAUCCGAGAGCAGAUGGAGAGAGUGGUGCCGAUUCAGAGGCCUGCGGAGUGUGAGGAGGUGGCGGAUACGGUUACGUUUUUGUUAAGUCCCGCGGCGAGUUAUAUCAAUGCGACCAGUUUGGUUGUUGAUGCGGCGGUGACAGCUACGUUGAGGAUGUAUUAGGGAUCAAUCAGGGGAUUGGGGAUUCAGGUGGAUCAUGAUGGUCGUCUUCGGCAGAAGGUCUGAGUGGUAUCAGAAUGUCAGGGAUACCUAGGGGUAAUGGUGUUUUUGUGUUGUUUCUUUAGAUUGCUA